AUGCUUCCAAUAGAAAAAGAAAAUUCUAGAGUUGCUACAACUAAACCAUUAGAUGAACUUUUUACUAAUGUCGGUCAAAAGUUUGAGACAGAUACCGUAAAGCAUGAAGGCUAUCGUUUUGACUACCCAUUAAGAUGGUUAAGAGACCCAUCUGUCACAAAAGCUAUUGGCUUUCGUAGAAUGAAGUUCAUUUCAGAAGCCAUACAUGGUUUCCCAUUUACGGUCGGUUUUGAAGUUCGAUACUAUAACAAAGAAAAACGUAUGUAUGAGAAAUUUGAACAAGGAAAACUUUUACAAGUUAAUUUGCUUAUAAACUUAGAAACAACUCUUCAAGCUUUUCAAGAAAAAAUAAACGAUAUCUAUAUUGAAUAUGCAAACCAGUUUAACAUUGACGAAGGAGAAUACUAUCUCGAUAUUAUUUAUGACAGGAAAAAUGCAACU